AAAUUGAAAAUGACAUAUGCGUGGUCAUUUUGUAUUGGUCUUUAUUAGCCACGUGUGUGCAUACAUAUUUAUUAAAAAUUUGUUCAUUACUAAUAGUAUGAAAUUUUGUAUCAUUCAGUUGACAGAUCAAAAAAUAUUUUACCGUUUUAAUAUGUGAUAUUAAAUUUCCUCAACUUUGAGACAAUAUGUCCUUUACCAGAAGGUGACGCCACAAAAAAUCAUAAAUACCAGACGUUUGUGUGUAAUUAAUUUUUUUCCAGUACCAAAAUGAAUUUAAAGAAAGUUAAAAGUAGAUUAAAAGACGAAAAGCUAGAUCUUAGUUUAUGUGACCUUAAAGAAGUGCCUAUUCGAGAAAUUGCAACUAUUAAAAAAGCAACACAUUUGGAUUUAUCAAAUAAUCUUUUAACUUCUUUAUCUAGUACUUUUGUUGACCUUAAGCAAAUAGUCAUACUAGAUCUUAGUAGAAACAUGUUGACAGAAAUCCCUGAAAAUUUUGGAGAACUGAAGCGACUGAAACAUUUAGAUCUUUAUGCAAAUCAAAUAAGCAGAUUACCACUUAGUUUAAGCGAAUUAAAAAGUUUAAGAUGGUUAGAUUUAAAGGAAAAUCCUUUAACUCCUGCUGUGGCUAGUGUUGCUGGUCCUUGUAGUAAUUUGAGUGAAUGCCAAGCUUGUGCUCGUAACAUUGUCACUUAUUUGUCAAGUGUGAAACUUACUAUCGAAGAAGAAAAAUUACGGAGAUUAAAUGCCAUUACAGCAGAUAUGGAAACAGGUACUGUUCCAACAAAAAAAGGAGGGAGGAAAAAGAAGAAGAAGAUAUUGGAUAAGAAUAAUAAGCAAAAUUUAGAUGAAAAUGGAUCUAAUCAAUCGAGCGAGGUAUCACUAAUAGAUGAAGACAAAAUAGAACCUCUGAUAAUCACGCACAAUAGAAACCAAGCUGAUAAAACACAUGAAACUAAAGGAAAUGCACAUCGAUUUUUUAUGUCCAUGAUCUCAUGGCUUUUUUUGUUUGGUUUAGCACUCACAUUGAUGAUUGUGAUUCUUCCAUUGUAUUCGAAACAGUCAGAAUUGUUUAUAGAGUACAUAGAAUCUAAGACAGGUAUACAUUUAAAAGCAUUUCAGAAAUAUAGUACCGAUGUAUUUGACUCUUUUAUACAAGCAGUGAUUAAUAUUUGCGAUAAUUUAUACCAUGCAUAUGAGAAAAAUUUUAAAACAGAGAUGGACAUUCCAGCGAAUAAAUAAGCGUUUUAUAAGAUAAAACGAUACGAUCAAAUGUAUUGGGCAUAAUUACUUUUUGAAGUACAACUUAUAAAUAACGAAUGAAAUCUAUCAUCGUUGAAACUUAUAAAUUCGAUCGUGUAUCCGAAUAUUUACGGUACGUCAUAUUAGGAUUACAUAUGCAAGUUAAAGAAUGUUAUUUAUUUUAAAAAAUAAAAGAUUCUUAUCAAUACAGAUA